ACCGGAACGGAUCAAUUUUUAUCUACCGAGUUGAUAAUGUAAAUUGGCCACCGUAACCAAAUUCUAUAGCUGACAUUUCGAGCGUUACCCGUUCGUCCUUCGCUUUGAGAAGACAAACACUUAGAAUUUGAGCUUUAGAAACUCUUUACAGUGGCCAAUUUGCAUUUCAUUAACGCAGUUGAUAAAACCAACUCGUCUUUUUAUACCCCCUACGACGCAGACCACAGUUUCUUUAGAAACUUAUCCCCUUUAAUCUUAUCCAGUGACUUCUCACUUCCUUAACGAUCGCGUGUACGUCAAGUGUUAAGUCUUAAUAAAACCAGACACUGAUCCCUCUAAUCUGCGAUUUUCCCUUGUCAAACAAACUUCAUAAAAAGAUUUAAUUAUCCUCUGUUUACUUAAUGAAAUCGUUCCAGGCUUCAAUCACUAAUUUACACAAUUCUUUCGUUGCUACAGUAAACUAUGUUAUAGUGGGUACAUUAAUAUUUGGAAGAUGUUAUGAUGGCGACAAGUUCUUCCCGGGAACAGAAGUCAAAAAAUAACGUACGAAAAUGUUACGUGAAAAAUGAGUGUCCCUUUGGAGUAAGUCGGGGCCCUGUGACAACGCAUAAACGUGAUUUUGCGGAGGUCGACAAUCACAGACAGCGAGCGCUGGUGGGAAAAGUGAAAGAUGCCUUUCGGACAAUUUCCUUUCGUUCAGAGCCAACAAUUGGCGAGGACGAUUUGGUUACCAGACGCAAUUCACUAACACCCAUCAGUUUUCGAGUUAACAGCAGAAAUAGUUACGCUUUGGAUGCCAAGAAACGCCAUGAACUUGUUCAGAGUCUCGUACCCAAAUGUUAUGAGCAUCUUCAGAAUUUUCAUCACUAUCGAAACGAUAUGGAAAGAUUGAACUCGGGGUGUAAAGUUUUGUACCUCUCUGCGAAAAACGGAGAUAAAGUUGGAGAGGAGAAAGAAGUUCAAGGAGUUUAUGGUCAAGCUUCGGUGAAAACCGAAUGUUGGCCUCUAAGGCGACGGAACGGCCAUAGUCCAAAUGCAAGAAAUUUAAAAAUGCCUCGUAAACCUACAUCAACGGCGGUAGCUAAGGAGUCCAAAAAGGAUUCUGCACUCUCACCAAGACGCGAUGUUAACGUCUCUAAAACUAAGCAGUCUAACUUGAGUAGCGUGUUGAACUGUUCCGAAGCAAAAUUAAAAGCGAACGAUUCCAAAGGAGGUUCAGGAGAUUAUUCCAAACUGGCUUUUGGCAAUGGAGUAGAGAGAUUGGCGCCUCGUGAAUGUGAGAGCCGUAGAGGGAGCGGUGAAGUGCCUUCUGUUAAGCUUGAGGAAGAUAUCAGCAUUGUUGAAUCGCCAGGUGUUCACCUCAUGCACAGCUCUGACAGUGCAGUUAGCGAUAUUUCACCACAUCCCCCCAUGACAACGCCGGAGCUUGACAUUUCUAGAAGAUCUUCCGUUCGUACUCUGGUUUUCGAAAGUCAAGAUGAACUUGAUGCAAAUAGUGGAAAAAAUCCAUCGUCUGUGCAAAGAACUGCUAACAAAGAUUCGAAGCACAGCCCUCACCUUCUUGCCCCGUUUCAAUCCAGAUUUCCACAUCUGAAAUGUUCCGAGUUGGCGAGUUCUCAAAACCGACAAAAGAGAAAUGUAACCGCUUUGAUUCCACCAUGGCAACAAUAUCGUAUUUUGUGUGACGCAUUUCGGCCUAAUCAACAGCAGAACUCGCGUUCGAACGGGUACAAAAAGCCCAAGUUUGCCACAACCACCGAGCUGGAAUAUUACAUCGAGAUUGUUUCUGAAACGAACGAUAAUUGUGGAUUGUAUUUCUAGAGAAUUUUGGUAAAGUUUUCAAUAAUUGUUCACAGGAACCUGUAUAGUUUAUAGUGUAUGUGAGGACAAAUAGACUUGUGUAAAAAGCGGAGCGAACGAUAUCAACGUAAAUUAUGAUGAGAGGUUUGUUAUCCACA